UAAGUGUACUUUUAAAAUCUGUAAACAUCCAUAAAAAUUGCUAAUCUGUAAAAGAAGAACUAAAUUUAAAAGGAAAUCAACAAUAAAAACCGUCGCCAUGACAACGUGGUUUUUUUCUUGUCCAAACAAAGAAACAAACACUCUUAAAAAUAAACUCAACAACUUAACACAAACUAAACUAAAAUGUACAAGAAAACCACAAAAUCCUCAGCAAUUUACCACAUCAAAGACGACAUUAAAAAUUUUAAAUUUAAACUUACCCUGCAACACAUAAAUUCGUUGCUUAAUAUUCAAAAGUUUGAUGUCAAAUCAUCAGAUGGUUCGUUAUCAGUGUCAGCCAAAAAUGAAGAAACCACCAUCAGCGAAUCUUCUCUAAAGGUAAUAACUAUACAAUGGCAAGAAAAGCUUUUUAGUGCACAUGAAAUCGAAUUCUUUAGUGACAUCAAUAACUGCCUUACUGACGUUCAGAAGUCUUAUCAUCAAUUAAUCCUCGAAAAAGAACAAGACUCUUUGGGCAUUUCAAAUGAGCCCUUCUUUACGUACGUCGAUGAGGACAAUUUUGUUCCCGAAUCAGAAGCGAUUACUUCGGAGAAGGAUUUGGCAGGAAGACAUAACGAAAACAACAAAGAUGACUUUCUUCAGAUGCACGUCUAUGCUGCUAUUAAUCCGAAUACAAUGCUGAUGUCGCUACGAUGGCAGAAGAGAGACAAAAUUCUGCAUAUUUAUCCAGACUUCAACAAUUUCCGGGAAAAUCCAUACUUCCUUGAGAUCGAUACGGAUUACCGUCAUCUCUAUGCAUACGGCAUUGAGAAUACUUCCAAGCAAUCCCGUCUAAGGCGGGAAAUCUCUCCAUUUGCGGAACUAAAGUUACCGGAAAUACCACACUGGGUGAGCUUCGAUGAACUCUCAGCCCAAUUCUCAAUGCCACCCAAACGUACCCGACGAGUUGCCAUACAAAUGGAAAUUCAAAGAGCUCAAGACUUCGAGUACGACAACAUUCACGUACGAUAUCACAUACGUUUACCAGACCGAACAAUCCUGGAGGAUGGACUAUUAAAUGCAUCUACGCAUUCUUCUAAAGCAAACAACCAUGGAGCUUGUGGUUUUGGACAUUGUUUAGAGCUUGUGCUGUUGUGCGAGGAGGAUUUUCAACUUGAGAGUUUGUGUCAUGUUUACUUCGAGGUUAUUUCCGUGGAUGGUUGGGAAAGGGAAAGAAUCGAGGGAUACGCUCACUUAAGUUUCGUUCUGGAAAAGGAUUGUCAAGCUACGUUGGUGCCUUGCCAUAGACCGAUUGAAUGGGGAAUGUUAGAAAAAUUGAAUCGAUCUUUCAUUGGGGGUCGUAGAAAAUUUGAUUUUGAACGAUUCUACAGGGGUGAUGGGGAUUUCAUUAACCGUUAUGGAACGACAAUGGUAGCUACGGGAACAUUGGCAUUACGAUAUCAAAUUCUUACACAGCGGAAUCCUGAGUUGCUUAGGCCAGCGAUGGGUUCGAUGAACGGAAUGACCCUUGAGGAUAUAAUGAAGGCAUACAGAGAAGGACGAAGACGUCUUGAGGCUGUGGUGUUGUUAGACAAAUAACAUUAUGGGACAUUUUAUACUUAUGAAUAUGUAGUAAGGAAUACAAAAUUGAGCAAACAUGCUAAAAAAAUAUUAUGUUUUUUUAGUUUAAGGCCCGGUGCACACUUACGUCGUUUGAACUUAUGUUGAGUGUUGGCGCAUGAAUUUAUUCUUUCUUAUUUGACUGGGCAUUCUAUUAUAAGAAAUUAAUUAAAAUUUUGUAUAAAAUAAAUAAACUAAAGAGUAAUUUCUAUUUUGA